UUGGCAACACGGCAGAUUCAUAACGCAAAAUGUUGCGUUAGCCAAGAAACGCAAAGGCUUGUCGAAGCGUCGGUCGAUCCCCUGCUUCCGUAAAGGACGCGAGAGGCUUUGAGCGUCAUUCUGUGUACUACUUUUGGACGAACAGCACGUGGACAAUUUUGCAAGCAGCUAGCAGCGUUGGCCGUGGCGUAUUUUCGAUUAUUGCGAACACUACAUGGCGGAGCCGGUAGAUAAAGCAAUGAGUACGAAAGCGAAAAAGAAAGUUUACAGUAAGAAAGACUUAACACAGCGACUGCCAAUUGAAAAUGUGUCGGCACAAGAACAAGCGGUAGUAGAGAAGAAGCAGAAAAAACGAUAUAGGAUGAAAGACCUCACUCAAGAAUUAGCAACCGAAAGGGCAAGAAACGCUCGCCUUAUGGCAGAACUCGAACAAAGCCAACGCUUGAACGAUGAACUCAUGGCACUCCAUGCCGAGGGAAACGCGACUGUCGACGGAAUGGAAGAUAACAGACCGCCCGAUAACGCAGACGAAGCAGCACCAUCUAAUCGUUGGGAUGAUGCACGCGAAAGGAGAGAAUCCGAUUACGAGAGGGAAAACCGAUUUGGCGAUGCUCAUAGCACGAUAACCGAUGCGCUCGUGGGAGGACACCGAUCCCAAGCUGCCUGGAAUACUUCGGAAGACGGUACAAGAUCUGAAUUCACGCGUGAAAAUCGAGUGGGCGGGGCUCACAGACAGGUACCAGCCCAGAAUCUGGAAGAUAACGAUCCCCAAGAUGAUAACGGUAUCGCAGAAACAGCAGAAGCAUCUAAUCCAUGGAACGCUACAGGCGAGGCUGUAGGCGAAAGAAGAGAAUCCGACUACGAGAGAGAGAGACGACUUGGUGACGCUCGUGGUACGAUAUCCGCGGCGCUGGUGGAAGGACGAAUGCACCAAGCUGCCUGGAAUACUUCAGGACAAGGAACAAGAUCUGAAUUCACGCGGGAAAAUCGAUUGAGCGACGCUCGCAGACAGGUACAAGUCCAAAAUGCGAAGGAUAUCAGUCGCCCCGAUGGCUAUGGUAUCGCAGGAGAAGCAGAAAUAUCUAAUUCAUGGGAUGCUGCAGGCGAAGGAAGAAGAUCCGACGUCGAGGGUGGAAGUCCAUUUGGCGAUACUCGCAGGAUGACACCCGGUGGGAUCGUGGAAACACGCCGAAAUCAAAAUGACGGAAAUACUUCAGGAAACGGAACAGGAUCUGAGUUUGGACGUGAGAAUCGCCUUUGCAGCACGCGUAGAAUAGGCCCAAACGUGGAAGAAUCCAGGCUGUAUACAUCUAUUAAUCAACUCUCGAUUGCUUCACUGAGCGUUCCGGAGUGUAAGCCUGCAGAAGAUGGUGAAAUACAUCGCCAUUCGUUCGAAGCAUGGAAGGACUUAUUGUCUGACUCAAUGAUACUAGCAGGAAUCGAAGACGAGUUCACAAAAUACACCGUUUUCAAAGUCAAAGCUGGAGCACGCCUCCUUGAAAUAUUCAAAAAUACGAAAUCUUCCAGUAAUGAUCCAGACGUCGUUCGUUCUCCAUUCGCCAACGCGAUGGCCCGGCUGAAAUCCUAUUUUGGGUCGGGGUCGGAUGUAAUGCUAAUGAGGCGAAAGUUGGCAUUGUUGACCCAAAAGCCAGGUGAGUCAGAUCUGUCAUACAUAACUAGAGUUGGAUCGAUGGCGCACCUCUGCGAUUUCGAUGACACGAAGGAAUUUGAGCAGAUCGUAGCUACCGUCGCCGAACAUGCUACAAAUCGUGAGGUUCGUACUGUUGCACUGAAGAUGCUAAGUCGCAACCAGUCUUUUACGGAUCUAAUAGACAAAGUCCGCGAAAUUGAAGCAAUCAAACUCAAUGAGGAGUUUGUGCGUAAGAAGUACCAGAAGGCCGAGUCAAACAUGGUUGCAUCAGUAAGCGCAUCAUCUACAAGGUCGUUCAGAAAUCCAGUAGGACAACUCCAGCAAAGAAGCUUCCAAAAUUAUGGCAACCGUCCUUUGAGGGGUGCUUUUCGCGCUCCAAGAGGAAGACAAUCUAACGUCGGAAGUGGUCCGUAUCUUCAUCCUUCACGUGAACCAAAAUGCUGGAGGUGCAACAGCGUAUAUCACGACGCCAGCGUCUGCAGUCACCAAGACAAAACGUGCAUCUUCUGUGGCCGCCGAGGUCAUAUUCGACGAGCCUGCCGCUCUCGUGCAAGGGAGAUGGGGACAAUGCAAUCCACUAGAGAACCAGUUGGCAGUACUCCGCCGACGAUAGCUGCCAUUGAUGAAGCGAACGACGACUCGAAGCCGGUUGAGCCAAUGAAGCCAGCACGCUCGCAUGCGGUGGCGAACGUCACAAAGAUGGUAUCCGAACACCCUAGUAUAUCAACACAGAACGCACAACUCGUGAAUGAUGCCAAGGUAAUCAUAUUUGUAAACACGACGUUGAAUACGGUAAGAAUUGCAUCCGAGCGUUCUCAAUGCAAGACCCGAACCGUUUCCGUCCACCUUGAAAAGAAACCGCAGGAGGCACAACCUUUUGUAAACGAGAUGAAGAUCAGCACACCAAAAGUUUCAGACGUGAUGGCGAUUGUACCCGAGUGUUCCAGAAAUACAGUGCAGACAAAUAAGAGUCAGAAAGAGCCAGCUGGUACGACAGUGCUAAAGGUCGCUUUUACCAGCGCUGAAUCCCAGCUCACAACAAAAGAUGAUGCCAUCAUUGCAGCACAAGUGUCUGGAAUGCCUUGCACUUUCAUGAUAGACUCCGGUGCGCAGCAGCAGCAGGAGCAGCAGAUCCUGAACUUGAUUCAGCUCUACAGGAACAUCCAAACACCAGAACUCUUCGCCAACGGGGAAACUUGA